AUGAAUAAUAUGAAAAAUAUUUUAUUGAUCUUUUUUUCUAAAUUAGGUUGCUAUGCACCGACGGUUACAUUGAUUCCUGGACAAUCAUCUUUAUCAUCUCCAAUGUCAUAUCGACGUAGUCAAGAUUUUUCUAUUAGUUCGAUGAUUCAAUUUAAUUGUAAUGGUUCACUUUCAACAACUAAAAAAUGGACAGUCAAAAAUUGUACAUCGAUAUGUUCAUUUGUAAUUCAAUUGGAUGAUAAAAUCAGUACAACAUUAAAUGAACUUUAUAUUCCAUCAAGAACAUUGGAUUAUGGAAUUUAUGAAUUAACAUUAACUGUCACAAUGAUUGAAUCACUUGAUCUUAAAUCUUCAGCUUCAGUUUUUGCAAGAGUAACUGCAACAGGUAUAACAGCAAAUCUUGUUCAAUUAGGAACAUCAAUGAUAACACGUGGUAGUCAACAAGAUCUUCAACUUAAUCCUGGAGCAUAUUCUGUUGAUCCUGAUCAAAAUUCGUUUGAUGCGAGUAAAUGGAAAUAUACGUAUUAUUGUCGAAUUUAUGGUUUAUACAAUUUCCCAAAUUUUCAAGGUAUAUUAUUACCAAUUGAAAAUUCUAAAAUUGAUCCUUAUAAUCCAUCAUGCUUAUCAAAUCAAUCAGGAUUAAUAUUCGGAAAUUUAACUGCAUCACCUAAUUCAUCUCUAACAGUUCUCGGUGGUUCACUUCAAUCAAAUCAAAUGUAUCAAUUUAUGGUUUAUAUGGAAAAUCGUAAAAAUUCAUCUAUUCAAGCAACAGGAUAUGUACUUGUUACAGUUGAAGAUACUCAUCCACAAUUAAUUGUUAUUGGUUGUGUUAUAUCAAUAUUAUGUGUUCCAAAUCUUGAAUAUCAAUUUGUUAAUCCAACAACACAAGUUGCACUAUUUGCUAUUUGUGUUGGAAAUUGUAUAAAUCUUCAAAAUAUAAAAUGGAAUAUUUAUCAAGGUUCUGAUAAUUCAUCUUCAAACUAUACACAAUGGACUUUAUUUAAUAAUACAAUUCUAUAUGAAAAUAUUUGGUUUUUCGGUAAAAAUACAAGUAAUUUUACAGCUACAAAUCAAUUAUUUCUCAACAAUCCUCAAAUAGAUCUCUGGCGAUUUGAAGUUGUUUACACGUUUUUAAAUGAAACAAGUACAAGUGCAUUAAAUUUUAUUAUUAAUCAACCUCCUUAUAAUGGUUCAUGUUCAAUUAAUCCGAUGAAUGGUACAACAACUACUUUGUUCACUAUUACGUGUCCAAAUUGGUUUGAUGAAGAUGGAAUUAAAGACUAUUCAUUAUACGCAUGGACUACGGAUGUAUCGCAAAAAUUAAUGAUUGCAUAUUCAUCAGUAUCUAGUUUUCAAGUUCGAUUACCAAGUGGAGAUAAUCAAACAUCAUUACUCAAUAUUGUUAUUUCUAUUCGUGAUCUUCUUGAUUGUGUUGUAGAAGUAAAUAUGUCGUCUGUAUAUGUUAUCGUAGAUUCUGUAGGAAUAAAUGAUCUAAUGACAAGUCUACAAAGUUCACCAAAUACAUUAACAAAUAGUGCAAUUGUUCAAUUACUUUCAAGUGGAAAUCAAAAUACUGUUGGACAAAUUCUUACUGCAAUUUCUCAACAAUUCAAUCAGCUGAAUAGUGAAAAUAUAGAUCAAGCUAUUUCAAGUGGAGUACCAGCUGCAACUAUUCUAGUAUCAUCAUUAGGAAGUUCAAGUUUACAAGGAAAUUCAACAUCUGUCAAUGAAUCAGCUUUGACUGAAUAUACUAAAAUAUUAAAUACUCAAGCAAAUCUUCGGGAUUAUUUAAUGACAUUUACAACUGAUCUCGUUAUUACAUCAUCAAAUAGUAUCAAAUUACAAUCAACAGCAUUAGCCCAAAUAACACAAUCAACAAACCAAUUAACAAGAGCUGCUCUAUCAAUUGCAUCAAAUAGAUGUUAUCAAUUAUCUCUUGCUCUAUCUUCAAUGGCUACACAAAUUCCAUAUGAAGAUGCACAAAUAGCAGCAAAUCAACUAGUGCAAUGUGCUUCAAAUGUCUUAACCGCUGUAAAUGGACCAUUACAAGAACGAACAAGUACACUUGAUUUAGAUUAUUCUCGCGCAAAUAUGGUACCUACUGAUUAUGAUACUGAUCUUGAAUCUCCAUGGUCAAAUACAAAUUUAUUUGGUGGUGGUGAUGAGGCAUCAGUUGAAAAAAAUCGAAAUAUAUAUUAUCAAAAACAAUUAGCAAAUCAAAUCAAUAGUCAAGUAACAGAAAUCAUAUCAUUAUUAACUUCUUCAUUAAAUAUUCAUUUAAAUAUUGGUCAAAAUUCAAUAAUAAAUACAUCUCAAACAUAUAUGUCAUUAGAAACAAUAUCAACCGAAUCACUUUCAAAUAAAAUUGUUAAACAAAUUGGAAAUGCUCAAUUUCAUAUUCCAUCAGAUUUUAAUUUGAAUACAAAUGAUAACUCUUCGAUUUCACUUCGAUCAAAAAUGGAUGUACUUGCUUCAUUUGGAGAAUCUUCAAAUACAAAUCUUUCAAGAUCAGUUUCGCUUUCAAUAAUUGAUCAAAAUGGAAAUGAAAUGUCGUUUAAAGCCAAUGAAAAUAAUUCAAUAAAACUAAUAAUUCCUCGUGAUCCAAAUCUAGUAAUUCCAUCAAUGUAUUUACAAAAUGUUACAUCAACUAAUUCAACUAUUAAUAAUUUAUUAUUCAAUUAUCAUUAUAUUAAUAUAACAAGUUCACUUCCAAUUUCAAUUCAUUUUGAAAUUCAUUCCUUAAAUCGAAGUCUUGCUUAUUUAUUUAUUUAUAAAUUUGAUCAAACACCGCAAUUAAAUAGUUCAAUUAAUCUUAUUGAUGGAUGGAUAAUUUUUUGCCCCUUCAAUUUAACUAAUGAUGAUAUAUAUCGAUAUUUUAUUGAUAAUCAACAAACACCUGGUCAUCAAUCAUUAAUAUUCGGAAUACGUGAAUUAAAUUCAACUGAAAUGAAUAAUUAUUGUUUAAAUAAUUCAUCAAUAAAUACAUCUUUACCAAUCACCGAUGAACCAUUUACUUUUACAUCAAAUUAUGAACUUCGUAUAUAUACAUCAGGUUGUUAUUAUCUUGAUGAUAAUAAUAAUUGGAAAUCAGAUGGAUUAAAUGUUGGAUCAUUAACAAAUCAUUAUGAAACAGAAUGUCUUUCAACUCAUUUAACAUCAUUUGCUGGUGGUUUUAUUGUUUUACCAGAACCAAUUAAUUGGAGUUAUGUUUUUGCCAAUGCUGGUUUUCUGAAAAAUAAAACUAUUUAUUUAACAGUUAUUUGUAUGUCUAUUGCUUAUAUUAUUUUGAUGAUUUUUGGACGUUUUAAAGAUAAAAAAGAUAUUGAAAAAUUAGGAGUAACACCAUUACCUGAUAAUGAUAAAUCUGAUCAAUAUUAUUAUCAAAUUAUUGUUUUUACUGGUCAACGAGCAAAUUCUGGAACACAAUCAAAAGUUCAUUUUAUUCUCUCGAGUGAUAAUGAUGAAACACGUGUUCGAACAUUUUCAGAUCCUCAUAGAAAAAUAUUUCAACGUGGUGGAAUUGAUUCAUUUAUUAUGAGUGUUCCAAAAUCAUUAGGAUUAUUAAAUUAUAUUCGUAUUUGGCAUGAUAAUUCAGGAGAAGGUUCAUCAGCAUCAUGGUUUUUAAAAUAUAUUAUUGUUCGAGAUUUACAAACAAUGGAAAAAUUUUAUUUUAUUGCUCAACGUUGGUUUUCAGUUGAACAAGGAGAUGGACUUAUUGAACGAAUUUUACCCAUUGCUGGUGAAAUGGAAAAACAAAAUUUUUCUUAUGUAUUAUCGAAAAAAGCUUAUUUUAGUGUAUCCGAUGGUCAUUUAUGGUUUUCAAUUUUCUCUCGACCGCCAUCAAAUAAAUUUACACGUGUUCAACGUUGUACUUGUUGUUUUGUUUUAUUAUUUGCUUCAAUGUUACUGAAUAUAAUGUAUUAUGAUUUAUCGGCUGAAGCAAAAUCAUCAAAUAAUACAGAAAGUAAUAGUCUGUCGAUUGGUCCUCUUUAUAUAGCACCAGAACAAAUUGGAAUUGGUAUAAUGGUUGAAUUACUCUCGUUAGUUCCAAGUAUUUUCAUAGUUCAAUUCUUUCGACGUAUUCGACCUCGUCGACAAAUUUCACCAUUACGUCAAGCAAUGGAGAAAAUACGAUCAUUACCACACACUGAUUCAAAAGAUAAAAGCCUAAUCAAAAAUAAAAAAAGUCAAUUCACAUUUCCUUGGUGGUGUUUAUUUAUUGCUUAUACACUUUCUUUUAUGAUAAUUGCUGUUUCAAUGUUUUUUAUUAUUGUUAAAGGAAUUAUAUUUGGUGAUUUAAAAACUCAAAAAUGGUUAACGUCGGUUUUCACUGGGUUUUUCUCAUCAAUUAUUCUUACUCAACCAAUAAAAAUUUUAGGUUUAGCAGUAUUUUUUACUCUGUUUUGUCGAAAUCCAAAUGAUGAUAAAGAAGCAAAAGAAUAUAUAGAUGAGACUAAUUUUGAAUUGGAUGGUGAUGAAGAUUAUCUUCAUUCGAAUAAUUUUUCAUUGAUUUCACAUACUUCAAAACGUAUUACUCGUCUAAAUGAAAAUGAAGUAGCCUUUCUUCGUGAACAACGUUUAAAAGAACUUCAAAUGUGGUCAAUUAUUCGAGAAUUUAUAAUUUAUGCUAUAUUUUUAAUAUUACUUUGCAUAAUAACUUUUUCAAAUCGUACACAAAAUAGUUUUUAUCAAACUGAUCAUUUACAAAAAUAUUUUUUAAAUACAAGGCAAACAGAUUGUGAUUAUACACAAAUUUUAACAAUUGAUGAUUAUUGGAAUUGGUUAAAUAAUAGUUUUAUUGAUAAUCUUCGUGCUCAACAAUGGUAUAAUGAUGAUGAACCGAUAAAUUUAAAUGGAUAUAUAAAUGAUAAAACAAAUCGAAUGAUUGGUUGGGCAACAAUGAGACAACUACGUAGUAAAUCACAAUUAUGUUCUGAUCAACGGAUAAUAUCAACAUGUAUAAAUGAUUAUAGUUUAUUUAAUGAAGAAAAAGAUUCAUUUCAACCAGGAUGGAUACUGAAUCAAACAUCAAUAGAAGACGAAGAAGAAGAUUAUAGUUCAUCAAUUCUAAAAGCAUUUACAUAUCAAUCAAGUAAAGAAUUAGAUACAUAUGCUUAUGUAGGUGAUCAUGGAACAUAUAGUGGAGAUGGUUAUGUAUAUGAAUUUCGUGGUCGUUUAUCUGAUAUUAAAAGUAAUUUAUCUAAACUUCAUCAAUUACAAUGGAUCGAUGCUAACACAAGAGCUGUUAUUAUUCAAUUUACUUUAUAUAAUCCAAAUGUUGCAUUAUUUACUUCAGUUACUUUUCUUCUCGAAUUUUUAUCUGCAAGUGGAAUUUAUCCAUCAGCUCGUUUUGAACCACUUAAUUUCUAUGUAUUUACAUCAUUAACACAAUUGAUUUGUACAAUUAUUUAUAUAUGUUUCGUUAUUUAUUUUCUAAUUAUUGAAAUCAAAUUAUUAAUGAAAUUAAAAUUAAAAUAUUUUUAUGAAUUUUGGUCAAUAAUUCAACUUGGUAUAAUAAGUUGUUCGAUUACAAGUAUUAUUAUUUAUAUUUGGCGUUUUAAAGAAUAUAAUCGUUUAAGUUCACUUUUUCAACAAACAAAUGGAUAUACUUAUAUUAAUUUACAAAUGACAGUUUAUGUUGAUGAUGUUUUAACAUCUCUUCUUGGUUUUUGUUGUUUUUUUGCAACAAUUAAAUUUAUUAAAUUUAUUCGUUUUAAUAAAUCAUUAAUAAUAUUUAUUCAAACACUUAAAUACGUUACUAAAGACAUUAUUUCAUUUUCAUUUAUGUUUUCAAUUGUAUUUAUGGCUUUUCUUGCAUUAUUUUAUUUAUUAUUUAAUUCAAGUAUUGCAUCAUGUUCAAGUUUAUUAUCAACAGCUCAAAUGUUAUUUGAAACAACAUUAAUGAGUUUUGACGUAACUGAUUUUACUGGAGCUGAUCCAUUUCUUGGUCCAUUUUGUUUUUCAAUUUUUAUUAUUAUUGUUGUUUUCGUAUGCUUAAGUAUGUUUAUUUCAAUACUCAAUGAUGGUUUUCAUCAUGUUGAACAAAAUUCAAUUGAAGAUCAACAAAUUUUAUCCUAUAUGUUAAAGAAAUUUUUAAAUUGGACACAUUUAAGAAGACCAAAUGUUGAAGAAAUUUAUGCAUUACAAGACUCUCGAAUGUAUUCUCAAUAUGUUGAUCCAAUUGAAAAUUUUCCUGAUAAAAUCGAUCAAUUAUUAGAAGCAAUUGAUCGAAUUUAUGUCGAUCAAAAAAAAGAAUUAUUAAAAUUAACAAGAGCUGGUGUUUAA